AGAUCUAAAGAAAGGGAUGCUCAUACAGAAAUCAUCACAGCAAAUUUGAAUCAAUCAAUACUUGAACCAGAUGAGGAUUAUGAAAACCAGCCAAUUGAAGAGGACUUUGACGCGGAAUUUGAUAAUUUAAUUAAAAGUAUAAAUGACAGCGAAAAUGAAUUAGUAACUUUACCAAUUGACUUAGAUCUUGAGGAAAUUUUGAAAAACAUUCAAGUUACUAUAGAAAAAAGUGAAAUGGACAUCAAUACUAAUAAUAUAUUGAAAAAAAUAGAUCAUGACAAAUACAAUUAUUUCUGCCGUACUGAAUAUGGCAAAAUAUUGACUUUUAUUGGAAAUGUAAAUAUGGAUCCUUCAAAGCCUGUGCCUAGUAAAGUACUAUCUGAUUUAUAUACUAAAGUACAUAAUCACCAGACAAGUGCAGAAUUUAGAAUGCAAUGCUGUCAACUUUUUGAAAAUGAACAGUUUACUCAUGAGCAUGCACACAUUUGCUUUAAUAUUUCAAAUAGCAUCCGUAAUUAUUUGUUAAAUGAAAAAAGUCAAAAUAUUCCUUUGGGAAAUAGAACUUUAUCUGAAAGAUCUGUCAAUAGUGCGUCUGAAGCUAGAGUUAGGUAUGUUGGUGGGUACUGUGUAUCUAAGAUAAGUUAUAAAUAUGCACAAAAGGUCAAGAGUAACAUGUACAGAGUAGAUGAAAAAAGUCAGUCUACAUAUGAUGAAGCCAUACAAGCAACUACUGUUAUAGAUUCAUUAAAAGUUAGUGAAUAUUCUAUAUUAGCCACCACCGUAAAUCCAGAAUCACUUGCAGAUGUUAGUAGGAAACAAGGACAAAAUAGGUCACUUACCAAUAUUCCGGAUAAUUUAUUCAUUUUUUUUAAAAAAAUGACUGCAAAAUGUCUUGAAUUGUUCGUUGACCAAAAUCUGAGUAAAUACGGAAGUGAAACAUUUGAGAAAGUUAAAGACAUUAUAAUGGAAACCAGUGAAUUAUAUGAAAUAUUUCAUGCUUCUGUGCAAGAUAAUAUGUCAUUAAUGACACACCUUCAGGAAAAUAUUGCCACAGAAAAAAAUGAAGAAUUAUUUGAAAGUACUGUUCAAACUGUUUAUAAAAAAGUAGUGAAAUUGUUUUUGUUGGUUAUGUUUAACCAAUUUAGGAAAGACUUAUUAGAGGCCUUUAAUAUUAAAAAGAAAAUGGCCCACCGGAAACAAGUGCAAGUCAGUAAUAAAUCAAAGAAAGAAAAUAAAUCAUCAACUUCUCAAUCACAGCCAACACAAGGUCAAUCAACAACUUCUCAUUUACCCGAACCAAUGCCUUCUACAUCAAAAGAAAAUCCAAAAGGAAAAGGAAAAAGAAAAAGGAGUGCAUUAAAUCUUGAUAUAGAGUCUGACUCUGACAGUGAAGUGUCACCAGAACCAUUACUACACAUGGCACCUAAUUCUCCUGUGAUUGGCACAAGUGACCCUGACGAAGACAACGCAACUUGUAAAGUAUGUUAUUCAAGUUCUGGACAAACAGAUUGGAUUCAAUGUGACAGUUGCCAUGGCUGGUUCCAUCGAAAAUGCGCGGGGCUGCAGCACCAUUUACGUUGGAAAAAAUUCCAACGAAAAGGAGUUGACUUUCAUUGUAAACAGUGUGAAUAGUUUUUCAAACUGCCUGCUAUGAAAACAAAGUGAUUGAAAUUUAAUACAUAAUUGGUCAUGUCAGGCUGAAUUUUAAAUUUAACCAAGAAUUUCUAAGUAAAAAAAGGGGCAUUAUUAUGCAAAAAAGCAAAUCAGAGUUAUGGGACUUGUGCCAAUCAUGUUAGAUAAUCACAGAGAACAAGUAUGUGAAUUUUCAAUCCAUUCCCUUCAGUAGUUAUGGAGAUACCAGCUUACACGCAAAAACUUUACCACUGGGAUGCCGACGCCGACAAAUGGGUGACUGCAUUAGCCUGAUUAUUCUGAAAAUAGUGGAGCUUAAAAUUGGACAGUGUGCUAUAAUUAUGAUAUUUCAUUCAUUCAGUUGAUGUGGAGUUUGAUGCAACACACAAAACUUUAAAUUCAAAAAGGGAUAUGAUUAAGUCAUAAUCUAUGCCAGAGUUGUGAGUCUUGAUUUGUGACCAACAUGUGUGCAAUUUUAAGUAAAUGACUUUGACUUUGGUUGUGUGAAGGCACACCUGAAAUUUACCUUUGGAAUUUUAACCAACUGAAUAUUCAGCUGAUGUAUUUACCGUUCAUAGACGUGCGGGAACCAGAGCGCGACCAAUGAGAUAACGGCUAACAAAAAUACCGAAGCAUGCGCAGAAAUACCCAGAAAUUUUGCAAAUGGCUUCCCGGGAGAAUGACAGGUGAAAAUAUCCGGAAAGAAGGUUAGUGUCACUUAGUUACUGCUGUUUCAGUUAAAAAUGCAUGAAAUUGUUAAAGAGUUUAAUAAGAUUGAUUGAUAGAAUGCGGUAACUACUGCAUUUUGUACGUUUAUCAGUGGUUUUACACGUGAGUUAAAAGUGAAAGUACCAGCGGUCAGAUCACUGUCGAGUAACGUUUUCGGCCAGUAUGACGUUAAAUAGUUCUGAAACAGUAGAAAAUCACCGGAUGACAGUUUGAAAUUCAUAGAGAGUGGUCAAUUCUGUAACGUUUGGUGUAUACAAGUAUGAAAUUGAUGAAAAAUUGACUUAGCAAUGAGCGGUUAACGAUGAUGACUGUAUGUUUUGGAGAAAUGAGUUGUAUACCUUUACUAAAUAUAUAUAUAUCAUUUUUAUAUUUUUUGGGGGGAUUGAAGGAAAUUGAUUUUAUAGUAUAUAUCAAGAAGUAAAACACAUUUUAUUUGAAAAAAUAAUGCAUUUGACAUUUUUAAGA